UCAUGUGUCUCCUCCGAAAUGAAUAUAGCAGUGAAACUUGGACAAGACACGUAUGUAUAAAAAGAAAAGGAAACUCUCGUUUUAAGUCAGAUCACAUUUUGGCUUCGCAGGACAACAGAGAAACUCAAGCAUGGAGUACAGUAAGGUUAUGGGUGCUUUCCUUUUGGUGGCAGCUGUCCGAGGAGGCCAUCUGGAUCAAUCAGGAGGGUACGGUGUUCCAACAGGAUCAUCUUACGGCCCGCCCGUUGUAGGUGCUCCAUAUGGCGGCGGCGGUUACAGCGGGGGGUCUACAUAUACUGGGGCAGGUUACAGCUCGAGUGGACAUGGAGGCUAUUAUGAUCAGCCUAAGUCUUACAAGUUCGGAUACGCAGUACGAGACUAUGCAUCAGGUAAUGAUUACAACAGACAUGAGACCAGUGACGGAAACACGAUCCAAGGAGAAUACCGCGUCCAACUUCCGGACGGACGCACACAAAUCGUCACGUACAUCGCUGACUGGAAGAAUGGCUACCGCGCCCACGUCAGAUAUGAAGGCGAAGCUCAUUACCCCACCGGAAGUUCGUACAACCCUUCUUCUCACUAUGGAGCACCGUCACCCCACUACAGCGGUGGCUCCAGUUAUGGAGCUCACGGAGGAUCGAACACUGGAUAUGGAAGUUAUUCCACUGGGUAUGACGCAGGCCCUUCUUAUGGCAGUUCAUCUUCUUACACACCUUCUGGAUAUGGCAAAUAAUUCUUCUUCCUUGCAUCAUCCUCUACGCUCAUGACAAUCGCAUUAGUUUCAGCACCUCCAUGAAGCGGAAAGAUUCCUUCUCUGUCACGGACUUCUCUGUGUGCGCACAGUGAGUGUGAAUGCUGCGUCACAUGCACCAAUGUACGUGCGCGAUAUUUCAUGGUUACUACAUCCCAUCACUCCCUUCAGCAGAAAUGUGGCGCUCACAUAUAUAAACUCUUAUCUGCACUGUGCCUAUACAAUGUUCCAUAGAAUGUAUUUUCAUGUUAAACUGAAUGAAGUAAUUUGUAAAAAAUAUCAUACAUAAAUCCUUUAACCCGAA